AUGAAGCCAUACCCGCAUAGCGUAAACAACACACCUGAACAACAAAAAUUCAACUAUAGAUUAUCCAAGUGUCGACGUGUUGUGGAAAAUGCUUUUGACCAUUUAAAAGCCAGAUUUAGAAGAAUUGGAAAAGGCGUGGAUAAUCACAUAAAAAAUGCAAACACUGUGAUUUGUGCUGCAUGCGUUUUACACAAUUUUUUAAUUGCACAGAAGGACUCUAUCGUAGAGAAUUGGGUAGUAGAAAUGCAACGAGAUAGCAGGUGCAACCCGCAAUGCAGCAACAACCAAAGUGAUCGAUCUGAAGGAGAAUUGAUAAGAAAUUCUUUAAAGGAAUAUUUCCGUGUGGAGACUUCGCUGAGGGCUGGAAACGAUGAUGCCGAAAAUGUAGGGGACGAAUCAACUGGAAGUGAAGAGCAUGAAGGCGAAAUUGGCGACGUAGGCGGCAUUGCUAUACAACAAUAA